CCAUAUCUUACGUAUCAAUUGCCUAAACCCUAGCUUCGAAGUGUGACCAUAAUCUCUAUUUUGAAUUAUUUGACGUAGUCAAAGGAGAGAUUUAGAGCUUAGUGAAGAUGUCUAACGAAGAAACGAAGGAGGAGCAGGAGCUAGAUCUCACUUCUCCUGAAGUUGUUACCAAAUAUAAGACUGCCGCUGAGAUCGUCAACAAGGCGUUGCAGUUUGUAGUGUCGGAAUGCAAACCAAAGGCUAAGGUCGUAGAUAUAUGUGAGAAAGGCGAUGCCUUGAUCAGAGAGCAAUCUGGAAACAUGUACAAGAACGUGAAAAAGAAGAUCGAGAGGGGCAUUGCCUUCCCGACAUGCAUCUCCAUUAACAACACUGUUUGUCAUUUCUCCCCUCUCGCCAGUGAUGAGACGGUCCUGCAAGAAGGAGAUAUGUUGAAGAUUGAUAUGGGAUGUCACAUAGAUGGCUUCAUUGCUAUAGUUGCUCACACUCUGUCCUUCAAGAAGGGCCAGUGACUGGGUGGGCAGUGGAUGUCAUUGCAGCUGCCAGUACUGCUGCGGAAGUUGCUUUACGGCUUGUGAGACCAGGAAAAAAUGU